AUGGUAGAUAAACCAAAGUACAGAUAUGAAAAUCUGAUGAAAAAACUGUCAAGCCAGUGGAGUUCACUGCAAGAACUUCACGAAGAGCUGAUAGUUCACGAAGACGAAUUUACUGACCAGUACUUCCAGGACGAACAAUUUGAAGAAAUAGAACUACUUUAUGAUGAAUAUGUGGAAAAACUAGAAGAAAGAAUAGCAGAAAGCAACAAUGAGAGUAAACCAAACCUCUCAUUACCAAAAAUACAACUUCCACACUUCAAAGGCGGAUACGAAAACUGGGCAACAUUUCAUGACAUAUUUACUAAGGUCAUUCAUGAGAACAAGACAAUCUCACGCAUUGAAAAAAUGCAAUAUCUAAAAGCGCAUGUCCGAGUAGAAGCCAGCCGACUGAUCCAACAUCUUCAUAUUACCGAUGGAAAUUAUGAAGCAGCCUGGGAACUUCUCAAAAAACGAUACGAAAAUACACGAAUAAUAGUCAGCAAACUAGUGGAUCAAAUCCUGGAUCUUCCAAAAAUUCAAGGUGAAUCCACAAAACAAUUACAAAGAUUACAUGAUGUAACAAAUGAAUGUCUCAAAGCAAUUGACAAUUUGGGGAUUUCAACAGAACCAUGGGGUCCAUUGAUUGGAAGAAUUAUCAGUCGAAAAUGGGAUGAAGAAACGAACAGGCUCUACGAACAAUCAUUAGAAAACCCGACCCAAGUUCAAACACUAGCUUCGAUAAUGAGCUUCUUAGAAAGAAGAUUCCAAUCGUUAGAAGCAACAAAAAAUUACACAAAACCGAUGUUUCACAAAAACACGCAUAACACUUCCAACGUGAACUACAAGACAAAGGAAAAAACACUAUCAGGCACCAUGUGCCAACAAACGCAUGCCAUAGUAAGAUGUCCAAAAUUCCUGUCAAUGAAUGUGGCAGAGCGAAACGAAUUUGUCAAGUCACAGAAACUGUGCUACAAUUGUCUUGGUCACAGUUCGGAAGAGACUUGCUACAGCAAAUGGAGUUGCAGAACAUGUAACAAACAGCACCACACAUAUUUACAUACGGAAAAACAACCACAAAAAUAUGUAAACAAAUCAUUUGGAUCAAAACAAGAUAGUCAAACAAAAAUAACAAACUAUCAAACAACAACGAAUAAACACCAAGAAGAACGUGCAGUUCUUUUGGCCACAGCUCUAGUCCGAGUCAAGGCAAUAAAUGGAAGCAUGGAAUAUUUAAGAGUUUUGAUCGAUUCAGGAUCACAGGCUGCCCUUAUAUAUAACAGAAGAAGCAGCUCAACUAUUGGGAUAUCCUCGGCAGAAAAUAACCGCAGAAGUCACUGGUUUGGGAGACAGUCCAAAACAAUUCAAGUCAAAAAUUCAGUAUGAGAUCCAAUCCCGAUUCCCGAGCAAUUUCUCACUAUCAGUAAAUUUCAUAGUAUUGCCAACCUUAACACAAAAACUACCGAGCGAACCAAUGAUGCUUGAAAUUCCAACCAAUUGGAAGAAUUACCCACUUGCUGACCCGACAUUUCAUCAUCCUGGACCAAUUGAUGCCAUUCUAGGAGCAGAAGAAGUUAGCCACAAUCUCCAAAAGGGCCUAGAGAGAUCUAACGAUGGAUUACUUGGUCAAGAAACUACUUUGGGAUGGAUUUUAUCAGGCAGCAUAAGAAAAAGCCCAGCAGUAAAAAUUUUAAGCAUGGUUAGCCGCGUAGAAGAAGAUAAACAACUGACAAAAUUUUGGGACAUUGAAGAGGUGACAAAUUAUCAACAACGCCCAUUGUCUCAGAAUGACAUAGAUUGCGAAGCACAAUACAACAAGACUAUAAAACGAAACAAAGAUGGGACUUACACAGUCAAUACACCAUUUAAAGAACAUCCACCAAAUCUAGGUGAUUCGAAACCAAAAGCCAUAGCCCGUUUAAUGCAGCUCGAAAAGUCGAAGCUUAACAAGCCAUCAAACCAGUACUUAAAAGAACAAUAAAACAACUUUAUGCAAGAAUACAUUAACCGAGGUCACAUGAAGCCAGUCAAACCAGAGAAAAUAAAUGAAGGAAGAUAUUAUAUCCCUCAUCAGCCCGUCAUACGAGAAAGCAGUUCAACAACAAAACUAAGAGUAAUAUUCGAUGCAUCAUCAAAGACCACAAAUGGAAGGAGCCUUAACGAGACGAUGCAUAUUGGCCCAAGACUUCAAGAAGAACUGACUGAUAUUUUACUACGAUGGAGAAAACACAAGGUAGUAUUUACCGCUGACGUCGAGAAAAUAUUCGAUACAAACCAACCAAUCACAGAGUAUGCUUUAACAACCGUGACAUACGGAACAGCAGCCGCGCCGUACCUAGCAAUAAAAACACUGCAAAGGUUGGCAAUUGA